GGAGGUGAGCAGGAGCCAGGCUCUUGAGUUUCCUUUCCAGCUCAGAGAGGAGCGGAGCUUCAUGACUGCAGGAUAGGGUUUAGGAAUUGGACACCUGGGUUUCAUUUCUCACUGGCACAGUCUAGUGGGGCAACAAAUGCAGGGGAGCUGUUCUUGGGGAGGGCCCCUGCCUGUUCCCUCAACCCUCAUGAUCAGGCCUGCCCACUCUGUCCUCACAGCAACCCCUCCAAUCCCCGCCACUAAGUUCCUCAGCCUCUGGGACCAGUUCAGACCCUGAGACUUCCCCGGUCAGUUAGGUGCACCUUUUUCUAGAGCUCCCCUCAUGGGGCAUUCUGGGCUUCAGUUUAAUUUUUCAGGGAUGUGAUAGUAUGAGUAGGCAGACCAGCUUUGCUCGGGCUUGCAGUGCACCAUUGCUUGGUCUUGACUGAUAGAGCCCAGUAGAUCAUAGAUCAACACAUGCAGUGCUCCUGCCUCUGGCUCCCUCUUUCCUGGGUGGGGAUGUUCCUUCCUCUGUAUCCUGGCAGGCAGGGACUUCCCCUCCAUCUUCAAUUUUCCUCACCUUGAGCUGGUGACUGAUAAGGCUCCCUGUGGAGAGCAGCUCUUGCCCUGUUAUAGCCUGGUGCUCUCUGUCACCAGACCUCCUGCUCAGCCCCAGUAAGUGACUUUGUUGUAAGGUGACUUCUCCCUGACAGACCAGUUCCCUGGGCAGGUGCCAGCCUGCCGUGUAAAGCAUCUCUGCUCCAGGGGCUGACAACCUUCUGAUAUUUUCAGCCCUGCGCCACUGGCACAUGGGACUCCAGUCUAAGAGGGAGGUAAAAUCCCACAGGGCAAGGCAGAAAGCCACUGGUUCAGAAUCACUAUGACAAUGCUGGUCCCUCCUCUGCCAUACCACCUGAGCUGGCUCCUUUCUGUGGCACCCCACUCCAUACCAUACCCCAAGACCUUGCUUCAAUGCCAGCAUCCCUGCUUAUUCUUCUAUGUAGUGACUGAAGUCUUUAACUCACUGUGGAUACCAGCCCAACAGCACUUGACAAAGUGAUGGUUUCCCUGCUCCUUUCCUGCUCUGAGCACAAGCCUACACCUUACGCCAGCACCAAAUAUCCAUGGAUUCGCUACAGGGCCAUUCCCCGCAGAGUCUGCUUCUCCCCCCCAGCCAGCCCUAGACAUCAUUCCUCCAGCAGAACCUACACUUUGUACCCUGUUUGCUCCACAACCAUGAUGCGGCUUUAUUGCUGUCUUAAUUAGUGACUGACUUUGCUGGGUGAGUGUGAUGCUAAUGGGUUAUCAUUGCAGGAAUGACCUUUUUUCUCUGCUCCUCAGCUACUAAUAGUCCUCCAAUGAUAUUGAUUAGUAAUUGCCACUUUCAUUAGACAUUCAUUCCAUUAGUACAACUGGGUGCCACCCCCACUGCUCCCCUGAUUUCUCAGUCUUGUUCUUUCAUUCCUGCUUUCUUCCAUCUGUCAUCUGCUUAUAGUCUCUUUUAUUCCCCUCAGCUCUGCUGCCUCUGCAUUGGUCUUGCCUCUCUCCCCCUUCAGACUCCCUUGUCCCCCAUUGUUUUCUAUCCUCUUCCCCGUUCCAGUCACUUUUUCCACCAUGAGAAUGGAUGUGGGGAGACCAAACUAUAGACACUGAGGGACCUGAAUUGCCAGUGAAAUUCGGACCCCUGUGUGUCUCUGGUUGAGCUCCCAAAAUCGCUAGUUGCUCGGGGAUUCUUGACUCUUAUUCUUGUGACAGUAGCAAUGCACAAAGUAAUAAUGGAAGAGUCCCUGCUUAUGGGGAAGCCAAGGAACACACAAGGAGCUGAAACACUGCACCCCUGGGCUAGAAAGGCACCGGCACAUAUCUCAAGAGAAACAUCAUCAACCAAAGAGGAGCAAAUUCUGUAGCCAGAGGGGCAGGAUCUGAGAAGUUUGCUCCAGCCCCAGGGAGAGCUGGGUGUUAUGGCUCACUCACCUGGCCUCACCCGCUGAGGCAACGUGUUUCCAUCACCUACAACAGUUUAAGUAACUGUUUAAGUGGCAGACUCUCAGUUUCCCAGAAUAAAAGCAGGUAUCUUGGAGUUAAGGAGGAUUAAUCAUUUUAGGUUGAUAUUUAUCAGCUGCUGCAGAUUUUGAUGUGACCCAGCAAUUUCAGAAAAACCUGCCUGCAUUUUAGAGCACUUUGAGAAGAAAAAGCAGGUCAUGGUGUGGGGUCUGUAUCUUGGGAUCCCCUGACCCAACAGCUCCAAAGUGCUCCAUAAGAUGUAAGCGAAGCCCCCCCACAGGCCCACCAGGCAUUAACCCCACACCGAUGUAUCUGGCAAGUUGAAGCCAUGAGUUAAGACAACCAAGAGGCUGGCGCCGAAGGCAAAGGGCUCCUGACAUGGCAAAGUUGGACCCUCGCAAUGCACCAGACAGUAACCUAAUACAGGAAUCAGUGGGCCAGGGAGCUAACAGUCUGUUUCCCCCAAGGGACAGUCAGCUGUGGGCAGGGUACAACAGCUGCCAGAGAAUGCCCAGCUAGAAAGGCAGCUACAGUGAGGGAGCCAAAGACCAAGGCCAGGCCCAGAAGCCAUCAGCUAAGAGAGACAAGAGCAGCAACCUAUGUGAGCAAUACAGAGGGGACCAGCAGGACCCCAGCCAACAAAGUAAAAGUAGCUAUGGGGCAAACACAUGGUCUAACAAGAGCCAUGGUACAAACAGGAAGGGGACACUGGCUCAGACCAGCUCACAGCAGUGUAACAAUGGGUGAGUGAGUGGGGCAUGAGCCCUGGAGGGUACCCCCAUACCCUGCACUUUCCCUGAAGUGGCUCUGACACUAGGGAGGGCAGAGCAGCAGUGGCAGAACGUGGGUGGUGGUUCACCAUUGCUGGGGGAGAUGUCAGCUCCUUUUUGCUGCCAAAUACCAGUGGUUUUUGGGCCUCUUGAAACAUGCCAGCAUCAAAGAAAGGAGGAGAUAUGACGUCUCUCUCAGCAGCAGCAGACUUUCAGUGUGUACCCUCUGCCCAGGUAACAGUAGUGGCUACAUAUGCCUCUGCCAGCUCACGUGCAGGACCUUGAGGCUGCAGUGGGCUGGUGAUUUAAAUGCCAUGUCCCUAGGAUGGGCUAUGUUUGAGUUAGCCCCUGGCUCCAGCAAGUCAUCAAGCACUUGAAUACAGGAUCAACAGCUGUUGAAAGAGAUAGCACCAGGAAGGAGACCUGGAGGAAGGGGCAUAGGCUGUAGGAGGAAACCCUUUGGGGGGAUGGAGGGUGGGGGCACCAGCAAGACAGACUGGAGGCACCUGGCUGGAGUGCUUGUCUGUCCUUGCACAUACUUCUCUUGCUAAAGAGAGAGUCCAGCUGCAGAAGGAUGGAGUCCUCCCAUGUCAUUACCCAGCAGGUGGUUAUCUGCUUGCACUAUGCAGCCAGCUUCGGGUGCUGGUGACUGGCUAAAGUCUCAGCAGCUCAAAGAAAGCAGCUUAACAUGGGCCCAGGCUAUAGUUCUUUCCUAGCAGCAGUCAAAACAAAGUAUCAUGCCAACUGGUACAUCUCAAAAUGGAGGCACUUUGGGGGGCUGGAUCUUGGGAACCCUCCAGUCUUGGUACCACUAACUCUACCCUCUCCCUAACACCCUGUCAUUGCUGCACACCCAAGACUUGUGCUCAGGUCGGGGGGGGUCCUACUGCAAGAGCUAGGGGGACCAGUAGAUCUAGGCAUAAUCCUAGAUUUGCAGUCCAGCCACACUUACUUAGUGUGAAUGUGUAUGUGUGGGACCCAUCCAUGCAGGGGGGGGGUGUGCGUGUGUGCGUGCACGCAGGAAUGGAGGAGGGGAGAGGAGGGACUGGAGCAGAAAUGAAGAGCCAUUCAUAAGCACCUUAAAUGUGCUUUCAGGCUGUCUCAGGACCUAGGGAGAGCUCUGACUGAGUUCCUCUAUGUAGACAUUUGGGGCAAGCUGAUAGUUCUCUCAGUGCCCAGAAGCUUUGUUUACUGUGUCUCCAAUUGCUACAGAGCUGCAGUGGCCAGUGUAGAGGUUAUGUGCAGGGAUGGUGGGCAGUUUGCUUAGUGGAUGUUACUGCCUUUCUCCAGGGGAUUGGGAGAGGGUGAGAAUCUGGUAUUCCACGUCAAGUGGAUCCAAGGCUUUGUGAUACUGAACAGCAGUUUCUCUAUUGACUGGAGUGGGUUAAGACCGGGCUUUUCACAUCACCUUAUUAUCCUAUUGGAGAUCCAACCUGGCAAAAAUAGAUCCUGUGCUUUUAUGUCCUGGCAGCUGGUGCCAGGAACAAGUUCUGCCAUGUAACAGUCCUUGUCUUGCACCUGCUGCCAUGUCCUGAGCAGCGUGAGCAGUUAGCUUUACACCUGGGCAUAGCUAAAGGGGCAGGGAAUGGGCAUACCAUGUUUGUGGGCACUGUGGGGAACACGCCUCUGGUGUGUUUUUCUCCUCACACCAACAAAAUUAAUGGCACUGAAAAGCAUGGCAUGUCCCAGACAGGGAAGGGCCUUACACAGCUGGGAGAGGCACGCAUAGAGAGCAACAUUUUCCAAGAUGUGCACCUAGAUCAACCUGGCCUGUGAUGCUGCCUUGCCUGAUGCACACAUCUCAAUAUGGUCUAUGGAAGCCCCUUGGCAGGGGAAGGGUUAAAGCUGAAAGGCACGACAUGGAGAGCCUGCUGUGCGUAAGGACUGUGGCUUGUAUUAUUCAUCUGCCAGUCUCCACCCCAAAGUUGGAUUAUUUAAGCAGAGGAAGGCAGGCAGGGAAGAGGGAGCCAGAGACGAACACAAAGGGGCAGGAGUAACUGGAGCACUUGGGAAGCAGGGGCACUCGCCAGCUCUCCCCCUGCGCUGUGGGCACAGCAGCAUCGGGCAGCUCCCCGGUGUGGGAGCCAUGUCAGCAGUGCCAGCGAGCAGGCUCUUGCAGAUGGGGGUGCUGGGCUACUUGCUCCUCUUCUCCUUCAUCUCCUUCACCUCCUCGGUCCGGGUGGACUUCACUGAGCACUGGAAUAAAGCUGCCAAGAUCAAAGUCAACCCCAGGGGCAACCUCUGGGCAACAGGUCACUUCAUGGGAAAGAAGAGUAUCUCAGGCCCUUCACACCUGGAGUCUCCAGAGGAUGCUGCCAUAAGCUCUGUCCCAAUGGCCUUCAGCCCAUCCCUCCGAGCCAUCCUGGAGGACAUGAAGGAGCUGCUUACCAGGGAACUCCUGAAAAUCCUCUUGCAAGAGAGAUUAUUAGAUGAGAACCAAGGAAAGCACAAUCUUGCUGACCAGGAGACGGGGUUGCUAAUGAAGGUGCUGGAGAAAUAUCUUUCAAACUGAGGAGGACCGGUGGCCGCCAUCAACAUGGAGGACUUGGGCCAGUGCCCCCGAUGGUCUCACUAGUUUACAGGGAAUGCCCAAGGGCAUUCCCCUUGCGGUGUACUGUGGCUGCGUCAUUUUUUGGUUAUUUAUUCUUACUGUAAUAUUGUUCCCAGAGAGUGCUUGGGGGACAAAUCCAGCACUUUCUAUAUAUUCCCCUCCCUUCCCCACUGUGGAUUCUGCAUCAUUGACGUUUAAAGAGCCCCUGUGAAUAAAACCAACUCUUUGCACAGCA